AAAAAGGAAGGCGAAGCAUACUUUCAGUUUCAGCCCACACAAGGGUAGGAGAGAAAAGCCAUGGCCGACAAGGUCCUGAAGGAGAAGAGAAAGCUGUUUAUCCAUUCCAUGGGUGAAGGUACAAUAAAUGGCUUACUGGAUGAAUUAUUACAAACAAGGGUGCUGAACCAGGAAGAGAUGGAGAAAGUAAAACGUGAAAAUGCUACAGUUAUGGAUAAGACCCGAGCUUUGAUUGACUCCGUUAUUCCGAAAGGGGCACAGGCAUGCCAAAUUUGCAUCACAGACAUUUGUGAAGAAGACAGUUACCUGGCCCAGACGCUGGGACUCUCAGCAGCUCUUCAGGCAGUGCAGGACAACCCAGCUAUGCCCACAUCCUCAAGCCCAGAAGGCAGAAUCCAGCUUUGCUUUCUAGAAGACGCUCAAAGGAUAUGGAAACAAAAGUCGCAGAGGUGCCAUGUUCAGAAUACAAUAAUAAAGUGGAGUGAAAGAUAUACUUCAGGCAGUUUUGAAAUGCAGUGGCUUUUUCUUAGAACCAAUUUUAUUGAGCGGUUCUGGAGGAUCAUACUUCUGCUCCCCUUGCACAAAGGAUCUCUAUAUCCUAGAAUCCCAGGUUUAGGUAAAGAGUUGCAAACUGGAACUCAUAAAUUAUCAUAGUCUUCA